AUGGCAUCGAAAGCUGCUGCCCGUGUUAGAAAGAAGGAAGUUAUAAAGGUUGUACAUGGAGCUUUACUGAAAACGAAUAUCAAGGCUCAAAUGGCAUCUGCCGCACCUCCUUUGGGACCACAACUUGGUCAACGAGGUAUCAAUGUAGCUAACUUUUGCAAAGAGUUCAACAAAGAAACGGGACACAUUCACGCAGGUGCCAUACUACCGACUCGAAUAACAGUAAAACCCGACAGAACUUAUGAUCUAGAAAUAUGUUCCCCGUCAUCUUCAUGGCUUUUAAAAAAGGCUGCGGGAAUAGCAAGAGGGAAACAAUCAACAGGUUGA